AUGGGCGACAGACUCACGCAGCUGCAGGAUGCUGUCGACCAGCUCGCGCAGCAGUUCGUCGCGACACUGCACUUUGCCCACAGCCGGCACGACCUCGAGACCCUGAGCCCCGGCGAUAAAGUGCGCGACGUUAAGCAGGAACCGCAGCAGAGAGAAGUCGACCCGCUCCCCGCCGAUGAGUUCCAGGCCGGCCUGCGCGAGCUCUCUCGGGACCUCAUCGUCAAGGAGCAGCAGAUAGAGUACCUCAUCUCGUCCCUACCCGGACUGGACAACAGCGAAAAGGACCAGGAGAGGAACAUCAAGGACCUGGAGGAGGACCUCAAGGCGGCGGAGGCGCAGAGGCAGGAGGCGCUCAAGGAGAGGGACGAGAUUCUCGCGCAACUGGACGCUGUCAUUUGCAGUGUGCGACGCCCUUGA